CAUUCGUUCUGCGAUUCGGUUUUUCUUUCUUCAAUCCGUACCAAUUUUAUGAUAGUUUUUUGUUUUGGCAGCGGUAAAAUUUUUGUGAAUCGACUUGUUAUUUUUUUAACGCACUUUUUUGGGACGUUCCAGCUUCGGUAAAAAAUGUCGAACUACAUCAUGCAUCAAUCUCGUUCACUGACUGUACACACCGUCACUCCUGAUGCAGUUGCAGGUGAAUCCACCCACUUGGCAAUCGAUCUCAACCGUCCAGAUCUGCACGAUCCGAUGGAAGAUCAGGCUCCGGAUUCGUCCGUCUCUGACUGCGAGAGCAUCGUCUCUGCCGGCAGGUCCGGCACUGCACUGUCGCUGUUCGUCGAGAGCGGGUUGAUGAAACUCAGAGAGGGAGACGAGGUCCACCGCUAUAUCAAGGAGAGAUUCAUCUCACAGCUAGGUGCGGUUGCGGAGCAAGUUACCGUGGUGGCAAUCCACCAGAAUUGCUACUCCAGUUUCUCUGGCAAAGCACGGGCCGAAGCGUUUCAAGUUUACUCACAGGCAGUGCAGAAGAAAGGCGGCGGCGAAACCGCCAACGUGAGGCAUGCAUGGUAUACGACCUCGAAGGAGGAGGUGGCCAAGAUCUUGUCUCAUGGCUUUGGCUACAGUGGGAAGCCUGAGAACAGUGGCUUGUAUGGUUGUGGAGUUUAUUUUGCUCCUGAUUAUUGUCCUCUCGAAAGCGUUAUGUCUGCCCCUAUAGAUGAAGAUGGCCUACAACAUCUGUUGCUUUGCCGGGUCAUACUAGGGAAAUCGGAGCUUGUUAGUCGUUGCUCGGAACAAUAUCAUCCUAGUUCAGAACAGUACGAUUCGGGCGUUGACGACUUGUCAUCUCCAAGGAGAUACAUUGUUUGGAGCACCCACAUGAACAGUCAUGUGUUGCCGGAGUAUGUUGUUAGCUUUAGAACUCCUCGUAGCUUGAGAGGGUUGUUAAGAACUCCGGAGAAGUCACAGCAACCGACUUCCCCUUGGAUCUCGUUUCCAAUUUUGAUUUCGGAACUCUCGAAAAUCUUCCGUCCAUCUGACGUUAGUCUGAUCUCCAAGUAUUAUGAGGACCGCAAGGGGGGAAAGAUUUCGAGGCAUGUGCUGGUACAAAAAGUCAGGAAAAUCGCAGGCGAUUGGUUGCUGAUUGACAUCAUCAAUAGUUUCAGAAAUAAGCAACUCGGGCGUGAAGCAGUUGAUUAUGGGACUAUGAUGGACUUGAAUAAGACUGGGAUGCGAGGCGUAUAAAUGAGAGCUGUUUUCUUUUUGAUGGGUUCACAGCACACAGCGGGGCGAGCAAAUGGUACACAAAAUGUGGAGGAGGAGGCCCAUCCGAAUCGGACACUGACAUAGCUGCGGACUCUUAGAUAGGAAAAAGACUCUUUCAAAAUUUGUAUGAUUUGAACGUUUGUGCUUGAUUAUAGUCAUAAACUGCGGUCUUCUCUUGGUCCCUAUGUCACAUGACUAUUUAUUUUCAAUGGAGUAUCAAAACUCUUUUUUA